AUUUUUUGUUAAAUCUUAAACUUUGUGGUAGGAAAAUGUAAUGUAUAUUGAUAGUAUUUAGAAUGAUUAUAUUGACUAUGAAAGAUACAAAUUUCAAAAUAAAGUUUUAUAUGGUUAGCUUUCUCUUUCUUUAACUUUAGUUGUUGUUGUUGUCAUUGUUUUUUUAUUUUUAUUUUUGGUUCUGAUUGAAUUAGUCUUGGGCUUGGUAACUGGACAAGUUGUAAUUUAAGAUAUUUUGUAGCUUAACAUAGUUCAGAGUUCGAUCAGCAACAGAAUUCAACAGCAUCGAGGAUGGCCGAAGUUUUAGAGGCACAUCCUAAGGUGGCUCAGGUCUAUUAUCCUGGCUUGAAAAGUCAUCCUGAACAUGAACUUGCCAAGAGGCAAAUGACUAGUUUUGGUGGUGUCGUCAGUUUUGAUAUUGAUGGCGACUUACAUACCACCAUCAAAUUCAUUGAUGCACUUAAAAUUCCAUACAUUGCCCCAUCUUUUGGUGGCUGUGAGAGUAUUGUGGAUCAACCAGCAAUUAUGUCUUACUGGUACUGCCCUUGAAUUUUCAAUAUAUUGAUUGAAAAUGUAAUUAUUAUUUGUCAGUAGUAA